AGUGGAAGGCAUCGUUGGCGUAAGCAGAGUUUGGUGUCACACCGGGGGUCCAAAGGGCUCAUUGGUGGCCGAGUGUUUCCUUAUAUAAAAAAUACAAAGUCCAAAUUCAUAACCCAUGACCAUUAUCCCAGGCGGCAGCUGCCCAGUCAGCACAGUGCCGAGGCUCAUUCCUAGUCGUCGCCAAAUCAAGUUCAAAUUAAAAUUAUGACUAUUCUUUGAGAGAAAAAGCCCACUCUAACCCAGAUUUGGAAGAAGAAACCCUAGGGAGAGCUUCACAUUUCCGUACGCCGCACGGUUGAGAGGAGGGGUGAGGAGAGCUUCGCUUUGACUAUUCGCUGAUUGCUGGUAGCUGAGUGCAACCUCGUAUCUUCGUCGAUCUUCGUCUACGGCACGGCAGGCCCCCAUCUACCACCACACGACAGAGCCGGCAGACCGCCAGUCGCCAGUUCGCACGUCCGCAACGGCAGCGGUUAUUCCGGUGAAGAGGGAAUAAUUGUGAUCGAUGGUGUUCUUCCGAAGUGUUUCUGUGCUUUCAAAGCUCCGCUCUCAUCUUGGCCAGAAGCCUAGUCUUUGCACAUCUGUUCGAUGGCUUCAAAUGCAAAGUUCUUCUGAUCUUGACCUUCAUUCACAGUUGAAGGAAUUGAUUCCAGAACAACAGGAACGUCUGAAGAAACUGAAGACAGAUUACGGAAAGGUUCAACUUGGGAACAUUACUGUUGAUAUGGUACUUGGUGGGAUGAGAGGAAUGACUGGAUUACUGUGGGAAACAUCAUUACUUGAUGCUGAUGAAGGAAUUCGUUUUAGGGGUUUGUCUAUCCCUGAAUGCCAGAAAGUGUUACCAGCUGCAAAGCCAGGGGGUGAGCCUCUGCCCGAGGGUCUUCUAUGGCUUCUAUUGACUGGAAAGGUUCCGAGUAAAGAGCAAGUAGAUACAUUAUCUAAGGAACUGCAAUGCCGCGCAACUGUUCCAGAUUAUGUUUAUAAAGCCAUUGAUACCCUGCCCGUUACUGCUCAUCCAAUGACUCAGUUUGCAAGUGGUGUUAUGGCUCUUCAGGUUCAAAGCAAAUUUCAAAAGGCAUAUGAAAAGGGGAUUCCAAAAUCGAAGUUUUGGGAGCCAACUUAUGAAGACUCUUUAAGUUUGAUUGCUCAAGUACCUCUUAUUGCUUCUUAUGUUUAUCGAAGGACAUACAAGGGCAGAAAUUUUAUACCCAUGGAUGACUCUUUGGACUAUGGUGCUAAUUUUUCGCAUAUGUUGGGAUUUGAUAGCCAUGAUAUGCAAGAGCUUAUGAGGCUUUACAUCACUAUCCAUAGUGAUCAUGAAGGUGGGAAUGUUAGUGCUCACACGGGCCAUUUGGUUGCUAGUGCUCUUUCAGAUCCCUUCCUUUCAUUUGCAGCUGCAUUGAAUGGUCUGGCUGGGCCACUCCAUGGUUUGGCUAAUCAGGAAGUUUUGCUCUGGAUCAAAUCUGUGGUAGAAGAGUGUGGAGAAAAUGCUACUACGGAACAAUUGAAAGACUACGUCUGGAAAACGCUGAACAGUGGGAAGGUUGUUCCUGGCUUUGGACAUGGAGUUUUGCGCAAAACAGAUCCAAGAUACACCUGUCAGAGGGAGUUUGCAUUGAAGCAUUUACCUGAGGAUCCAUUGUUCCUGCUGGUCUCAAAACUUUAUGAAGUGGUGCCUCCUAUACUUACUGAGCUUGGCAAGGUUAAAAAUCCAUGGCCUAACGUUGAUGCUCACAGUGGUGUCUUGCUGAACCAUUAUGGUUUAACUGAAGCAAGAUAUUAUACAGUUCUUUUUGGUGUAUCAAGGAGUAUAGGGAUUUGCUCUCAGUUGAUAUGGGACCGAGCUCUUGGAUUGACGCUUGAGAGGCCAAAAAGCGUUACAAUGGAAUGGCUGGAAAAUUUUUGCAAGAAAGCAGCGUGAUCCUAUAAUUUGACGAAUAUAAUUUAUUAGUUUUGUUUAAUAAGGAUUUGCUGAGAAAGCUUGCGAUUUUGAUUGAUGGAUGGUGGGUUCAACUUUUACACAGCAUUUCCCCAGAUUUGGAGGGAGUGAGCAGCAGUAUUUUCUCUUGGUAGUCCCUGGAAUAAACAUAUUCUAGGCUGUAAUUUGUUUUCUUAGUGCAUUCUUGCUGAAUAAAAUAAAUUAGUUUUUAUUGAA